UCUCUCUCUCUCUCUCUCUCUCUCUCUCUUUCUUUCUUCCCCUCUUCAUCCACACCACCUUUUCUCCUCCAGUCGCUCUUCUCCGACCCUACUUAAUCACUCUCCAAGAGUUUCCUGUCAUUACUUUCCCCCUCCUCCUCCGCCUCUCCUCUUAUCCCCCUAUUUCAAUCUCCCCGUUGUUUACCCUCAUCCGUCAUCAUGGGUCAGCACUCUGCUGUUUGGCAAGGCUAUGUCGAUUCCAGCUUGAUGGGAUCCGGCCAGUUUGACAAGGCCGCCAUUGUCAGCUACGACUUCUCCGACGUGGAGGCUUCCACCCCUGGUUACACGUUCUCUGCUCCGGAGCUCAGCGGUCUCAAGGGCGCCUACGACAACCCCGCCGGCGCUUUCGGCACCGGUGUCACUCUCGCUGGUGACAAGUUCGUCGUCAUCCGGUCCGACGGCACCUCCGUAUACGGCAAGAAGGGCAAGGAGGGUGUCAUUGUCGUCAAGACCCCCUCGGCCAUCCUCGUCGCCCACCACGGCGAGGACGUACAGACCACCAACGCCGCCACCGUUGUCGAGAACCUCGGCGACUACAUCCGGGGCGGUAAAUAGAUGCAGUAGAAUGCGCGACGUGAUCUGCAUCGGGGGAGGGAUUAGAUGCGCCAAUAUCGGUUUAACUGAAACAAAACACGACGGCGCUCUCCUUUCUCUCCUGUUUCUCCCUGUGUGAUUUCCUUUUAUUUAUUUUUUUUCUUCGAUUUUCAUCUGGUGUCCUAUCAUAACCCGUAGAUAUGUGCAAUAAGAAGCAACCAUGACAUUAUUAA